AUGCCGAAACAGCCCGAAGCCUCGGAGGAGUCGCCCUCUCCUGAGGAGGAGCCGGCAGCAGGCGAUGCAGAGCCCACAGAGAACGGAGAGGAGAAGGCCGAUUACGAAGCUUGGGAAGAGAAGGAAGGAAAGUCAACAGAGAAGAAAGACAGCACAGCCAAAAAGCGCAGAAAGGACAGGAAGCGCAACAACAAGCAGAUGAUCACUGAGACACCAUCACCGUCAUCAGCAGACAUUGAGGACCAACCUGAGCCGGAGCUCAGCAGCAGCGACCCAGAGUCUGAUGAUGCGCCAAGACUGCAGCCAGUUGUGGCCAAUUCAGGUGAAUGUCCCUCAGACAGGGAGUCAGUCACUUGUAACUUGUCCUCAGACGAGGAGCAGGAACCCUCUGUGGCACCACCUCGGCCUCCCAGCACAGACGAGCCUCUCUUGGACGCCCCAAGAACUCUGGCUGCCUUGUCUGUAUUAGCCACAAAGGAUUUGAACGGCCUUGCAGAGUCAAGGACUGAGCUGGCGACAGCGUCCAAUGAGCCUUCUCUCAUGCACCCUGCUGGACUCCAGCCCCAGGCCUCUAGUCCUGAAGCCUCCAGUGAAACUGUGCCUCCUGACAUGAGGCCACAGGUUGCCUUUCCUGCACUGCUCCCAGACUUCGACCCAAGGAGAACUCUGGAAAGCAGCACAGCCAAAAAGCGCAGAAAGGGCAGGAAGCGCAACAACAAGCAGAUGAUCACUGAGACACCAUCACCGUCAUCAGCAGACAAUGAGGACCAACCUGAGCCGGAGCUCAGCAGCAGCGACCCAGAAUGA